UCCGGACGGAAUAUUUGAAUAAGGCGGUUGUAAAAAGUGUCGGGUCCAUCUCGGCAUCCCCUCGAAAGUUUGGUACGAGGAGCUUGAAACUGAAGCACUCGAAUUUGUGGAAUGAAAAUUUUCCUUCUUCAUUAGUAAUUCCUUCCGUUCAUUUGAAAUCUGUUUCGCACGAUCUUGGAUUUCCUCGAAACUGAAGUGCUUAAUUUCUUCGGUUUCCCUUCUCUGCAUACUGUAGUUUCGAGGGUUUCUGUUGAUUCUGGAAGUCGAGGCAAUCGAACGGAGUUAAACAUGCAGGUCAUGAUAAGUGAUGAUUCAAAUGAUUUAUCGGCUGGAAGUGAACCGGAUUAUAUGGAAUAUGAAGAAGAUGAAAUUCACUUCAAUAACUUAUUUGUGGCCGCCACUUGUGCCAUAUACAUGUAUCAUCAGAAGUACAUAUGUAAGGUUCCAUCCAUGCCAUUAAAAGAUACCGGAGAGUUGUGGGUUCAAAACGUGCUUAAUGGCAAUCCAUGUCUAUGCCUUGAGGCCUUCAGAAUGCCGAAGGAAGUCUUCCUCGAUCUUCUAGGAGAACUGGGAUCCAAGUAUGGUUUAAGCGGCUCUAGAAGCACUUCAAUCAAAGAGGUACUUGCCAUGACUUUAUCUGUUCUUGGACGGAAUGAAUCCAACAGAACUGUCUGCAAACGAUUCCAACAUUCAGGGGAGACUGUUAGUAGAUAUUUCAACGAGGGCCUUUCAGCACUUGUUCGUAUGUCUGUGGAUAUAAUCUCUCCCAUUGAUUUUGUACCGGAGAAUGCAAGGGAUGCGAAGUGUCUGCCAUACUUCAAGGAUUGUAUUGGUGUAAUAGAUAUUACUCAUGUCAAAGCUCGUGUUCCUGUUAAUAAUCAAAUUGUUUACACUGGGAAGAAAGAGAGUCGUUUUGGCUAUUUGUGA